AUGUCGGGGAUCUUUACGUAUCACAAUUUCUCGUUACAGGACACCCCGUCUCUGAAGGGACAGAUCGCAGUGGUGACGGGUGGCCAAGCGGGCAUUGGAAAAGAAAUCACAACUCAAUUACUUCUCCACGGCAUCGAAAAGGUCAUCAUCGUCUCCAGGAGCGAAAACAAGUUCAACACCGCCUAUGAGGAAUGGAGAGGACGAAAUGGAAUUGACCUUGGGGAACGCGAUGACCGAGUCAUCUUUGUCAAGUGCGAUCUGGGUGAUAUCGAGGAUGUCUACGCCGCAGCGCAGCAGAUCAAGAAACUGACAGAAUACAUCCACAUCCUGGUCUGCAACGCAGGCCUGGGCAUUCAACCCAUAACCCCCCUAAACACCUACGGCAUAGAUCCCAUUUUCACAACAAACUGCAUCGGCCACCAAAUCCUAACAACACUCCUCCUCCCCCUCCUCAAACGCGCAACCUCAACAUCCCCAACAGGCACCGCCCGCAUAGUCGUCUCCUCCUCCAGUCUCCACCAACUCUGCCGCACCCUCAACCUAUCACACCUCACCCGUCCAACCCGCAAAUGGCCCGCCAUCUACGACUCUGUCUGGCGCUAUGCCCGCUCAAAGCUAGGCAACAUCCUCUUCACCAAGGAACUUAGUCGGCGACUCUUGGAAGACGAGGAUCCCGCAUCGAAGAUGGUGUAUGUUAAUUCGUAUUUCCCGGGAAACGUGGUGACGCAGCAGUGGCAGGGGUGGAGUGAGCAUUUGGGGAGUUGGAUUGGAGCGUGUAUUCGGUGGUUGGGGAAGCGGUUUGGGCAGAGUGUUGAGGAGGCUGCGGCAACGGCGGUUUAUUUGGCUGCGAGUCCGGAGGUGAGUGAGAUGGAUUCGAGGGGACAGUAUUAUGUGCCUAUUGCGAAGGUGAAGGAGCCGACGAGGUUGGGGAGGGAUGAGGUUUUGGGCAGGCAGUUGUGGGAUUGGAUUGAUGAUCGGGUUGCGCGGACGUUGGGGGAGAAUUGGCAGAGUGGGAAGUGA